AUGGACUAUCCAAAGCCAGGAGAUUACGAUGUGAUCAUAAUCACUGGUGCUCGUGAGCCACGGCCACAAGAACUGCUGAAACGUGCAUUGACGAAUUCGAAUACAGCGGCAAACCCAGAAGGACACAAACCUUGGUUGGUGAAGCUUCGGGAAUAUAUCAACAAAGAAGUCGAAACGACAUCUACUCAGAAGUUUGUCGGCUUUUGUUUCGGUCACCAGAUUUUAGCAACGGCCUACGGGUUAUCCGUUGAAUGCAGUGACUCGGGAUACGAGUUCUCCGCAACAACUAUCCAGCUAUCAGAUACCGGAAAGACACUGUUUGGACAAGACUAUAUUAUACAAAGGUUUAUGUGA